CGCAGGGCCUUGCCUGUUCUGAGUGCCUUGAAGAGGGAGCAGAGGGCACAGCUAAAGAAGCAGCUGGCUCAAAGACUGAUAAGGACUAUGGCUGCCACCCCCACAUCUCGCACUCACAUCAAGAAGUUGGCCAUGGAAGCAGAAGUUCUGACUGAGAAGGGAAACACUGUGCCCCAGCCUGAGGCCCGCCCCUGUGCAACCCCCCAGGAGGAGAGCUCCCAGGGGCCUCUGCUGCUCAGCUGGCCCCUAGAGCCUUCAUCUCUGCCCUCUACUCCAGCCAUCCUGGAGCAGCAACUGGUGGCUUCUCUUUCUGGGGAGCCUCAAGGGCACCCUGCCCUGCCCAGCAUGUGCCCAAGUCUGAUCCUCAAUAACUGUGCCACCCCUGACCCUCUUCUACUGCAGCCACAGGUGCCCAGUACCUCCGAUGAGGCUUUGCUUUCUGCCACCUUAGAAUGGGAGAGAAAACUGGAGGCGGCCGGGGCUCUGCUGGCUCUGAAGAACUCUCCUUGGGCUCCUCCUGAUGCCCUCCCCCUGCACCAGCCCUGCAGCCCAGGAAGACCUACAGGCAUGCUGAGGGGCUCAUCUAGAAGGAGAUCUGGUCCCUGCCUUUUGGGAGCUUGCAGUCUACAUGUGGAGACUGCAUGCCUUCCCAAGCUGUAUUUUGCAGCUCUCGCCGGAGAUAGAGGACUCCAGCUUCCCAGCCCCUCUGCAGGACCCAGGAGAGCGAACUACACUUCAGUGGCUAUUGGACGUAUGGGCUGCAUCUUCCUCUUGACAUAAGCACCCAGAAGAAGAGGCCUCACUAGAGCACUGCCUAUUUGGUGUCCUGUUUCUGAAAGUGCAAAAUGGUUAAUGUUCAAAAUGCUUAACGUCUUUUUUUAAGCUUUCAGGUGUUUUAUAAGUUUUUGGACCCUUUCUAUGCCAUGGGGCAAUUCUUUGACGGAGGUUGAAUAUUCUUGUUCCUUCAUUCCUUAAUUCUUUAGAUGCUGGACCCUUUUAUGUGACUGAGAAAAACAAGGUUGUACAACCUAAGCUAAUUGGUCUCUCAAUGGGGUUCUGAGAAUUUUUAUUUGUCCUGUGAUUUUGCCCGUAUGUGCACACUCAUGUAUGCACCUCUGAGUGCGCGUGGAAACAGGAGGAUGUUUUCGCUUUGUGUCUGGGUUUGUGAACAAAUAAUAAACGGUUCUUGUUGCAAGGCACUGAGAAAUACAGCUUGUAUGUCACCACAGUAUAACCUAGACAAUCCUGACUCUGAUAGACUAGUUCAAUCCAUGUGUCAAAGCGCGAGGUAUUUUACUGAAAAAUGGGGAGUUUACAUGGCUAGAUGAGAGCAAGGUAGAGGUGAAUGAGUAGCAAAUACAUUCAUUGAGCAAUGGAGCACCUACCCUCUGCCUGGCGUGGACUGUUUCCGGUUGUCCAGAGGGCCACAAAUGGUAAAGCCUGCAGGAUAAAGCAGCAGAUCAGGUAAAUGAGUAGCGCAGGCCAGAUGGGCUCUGGCCCAUGGACAGUGCAUGCUCUGCCUAAGGGGCAGUUCCUGCUUGGGGCAGGAAAGUGGCCUCAUUGUUACCAAAUCAACAUUGUUACCAAGCCAAACAUCAGUGCAAGUCAACUUUGACCAAGGGAAAACUGGCAUAAUCCUAGUCCAAUGUGAAUCUUACAGUCGGGGGAACCGAGAACAAUUAGGACAAGAAGAAUCAAAGAGGAGAAAUGAAUUAGAGUCAGGCCUUCCUUUUGAAGGACCCAUGAAAUGCGAGACAAAGGCACUACCUUUCAUUUAUUCUCUGUUCACUGUAUGCUAAGCACACACGACCGACCUCUCAGCAACUCUACAAGCUGUGUUGAACAACUGGCUCACAAACGUCUGAAAGUUUAACGGUCGGCUCCAGCACUCCACUGGUUUUCACCGUUGCCCAGAAAGACUUCUCUUCCAAAGCAUGUCUCACUAAUACUGCGUGGCCAUAAAAGGCCGUGACUUCUGGUUUCUGACCAAUAACAGCUUAAAGCAUGUGGGAGAGAUCUCCGACACAUAUUGAACAGAAUGAAUAGCCAAAAGUGUUUAUGUAGGCAUGUGCAUUCCUGGAGGGGGCCAACAUGGGUAAAAGUGAGUGGCAGGGACACCAGAAUUAGCUUUUAAACCCCAUGCAGGAGUGCAUUCAUCAGAUUUCUUCAAGGUUAAGGGAAUGAGGUCAACUGGUGUUACCUGGCCAUUGAAUCUGUGUCUCUCAUUAGAGGCGGGGUUCCCGACUCUCCCUCUUCCUGCCUAGGUAAAUGCCACAUCAGGUACCAUACAUAAACAUAUCCACCUUGCCCUCUUUCUCUGUAAAAUACGACCUUGAGGCUACUUGCUCACCAAGUAGAGAGCAGUGUUAUGAGAACAGUGUUGUAUCAGGGAAAGGAUGGAUAUGUUGACUACACUAUCACUGCCUCUCGUGAAGUAUUUAAAGCCACUUGUAUAAAACAUGUUUCUGAAAGCACUGCUUGCUCCCGUGUUCUUGUGGUGAAUGGAAAUAGGAACCAUAAUGUAAUGCCGGUAGUAAAGUGCUUAAAACAAAUGAAUUGAAGGAAGUUUCUAUCUUACUUUCUUCGUUACUGAGACAAAAUACCCGACGCCCAAAUUGAAAGUGAGGCAGGAAGCCGAAAGAGAUGCACUCUCUUCUCUCUCAGGGAAAUAGAGACCAAAAAUAACAGCCUGUGGAG